CUGCCUCCUUAAUUCAGAGAUAACAAUGGUUGGGAAGGCCAGAUCUUCUAAUUUUACCUUAUCUGAAAAGCUUGAUUUGCUAAAACUUGUGAAGCCGUAUGUUAAAAUUCUUGAAGAACAUACCAAUAAGCAUUCAGUAAUAGUGGAAAAAAACAAAUGCUGGGAUAUCAUAGCUGAUAACUACAAUGCCAUCGGAGUAGAUCGUCCUCCUCGUACUGCACAGGGCCUGCGCACGCUGUACAAGAGGCUCAAAGAAUAUGCCAAACAGGAGCUAUUGCAGCAAAAGGAGACCCAUUCAGAUUAUAAAAGCAGCAUUUCUGAGCCAACCAAGAAAGUUGUGGAGAUGAUUCCACAGAUUUCCAGUGUGUGUUUAAGAGACAGGAGCAGUUUUCAAAGUGCUAACAUAGAUAAAGAAACAGUUGCUGGUACCAGUUCCCCACAAGCAGUGUUGGAUCACCAUCCUGCCACUGUCACAAUGGAGUUGGAACCAGAAGAGGAUGUCAAACCUCCUCCUUCCUUGGCUGUAGAUUCACAGCAGAGUGAGGACUUAGAACAAGGAGAAGAACACCAAUUGGUGCAUGUUAUGGAGAGAUCUCCUUCAACUUCACUGUCUUCUGUUGAUAUGAGAAUGAUGUUAUCUUCAUCUCCCAUCCCAAGAAGAGAUGAUUUUUUUAGGCUUGAGGUUGGAGAACGCUUUAGGCCAGCGUGUGGGUAUGAGCCACAGAUGUUGCAAAUGCUGAAAGAGGAGCAUCAGAUAAUCUUGGAAAAUCAAAGAAAAAUUGGGCUUUACGUCCAAGAAAAGAGGGAUGGCUUGAAAAGAAAGCAGCAGCUGGAAGAAGAGCUAUUGAAAGCAAAAAUCAAAGUAGAGAAGCUGAAGGCAAUAAGACUACGACGUGAUCUGCCAGAAUACAACAGUCUUUAAAUAUUUAUCAUCUGUCAUGUAAUCUGUGAUGUUUUAUUCUCUGAGAUACUUUAUAAUAAAUUCUUUUGGCCUAGCAAAAUGAUUUUUUUAUGUUAAUUUGGAUGGAUCAGAAUCUAGCCUUGAAAAACGAAUGCAUGUUUUCCAUUUUGUUGUUUAUGUACAUUAGCAAAAAUGUCAAAUGUCUUUCACAGGUUUGAGUCUUCUCAAUAUUUCUAGUCUGAAGUAUAAUCAGAUACUGUAGUUCUAAGUGUGUAAGAUAAAAAACUGCCUUUGGAAAUCUUCCACUGAACUUUAUUAGACCUGGAACAAGCUAAUGAAAAUUUAGACAGGUGUUCUUAAAGAUGUUGAUUUUAUGCUUUAUUCUUUUUUCAAAGCAAUUCCUAGCCUUUUUAGUAUUCUUUAUGAAGUUAUUUGAAGGUUAAUAAAUGUGUAUAUAUAGAGAGAAAU